AUGAAUUGGAGUGAUGAACAGACAAUUUCUUUUAUUGAAAUGUAUCGUGAUCGAAGUUUGUUGUGGGACCCAACUAAUUCGCUAUACAAAAAUAAAAACAGAAGGCAUGAUGGACUUAUGGAAAUUGCGAUUUCUUUUGGCAUGGAAAAAUUUGACGUAGAAAAAAAGACAAAAAAUUUACAAAGCCAGUUUGCUAGAGAAAAGAAAAAAGAGAAGGAGUCGGGCGGCGACGAACCUGUUGGCUUUUCACGACUCCAAUUAUGA